AUGGCAGACAGCAGCGGCAAUGCAGACAGGAAACGGCUUCCACGAAUGGCUGCCACUCUAAUGAUGCGCUUUGUCUCUGAGCGAGAGCCCACCCUUGGCAUCCACAGGGCCAGCCUCAGGCCUCAGCCCCCUGACAGUCGGUUUGAAGAAUCUCUGUGUUCUGGUGCUGAGAUGGAGAGUCACUCCACCAGUCCAGAGCUCUGUGACUUAGCUGAUAUUGAGGAUUCUUCUGAUGUGGGCCACCAGACCCCAAAUGUCCUACCUUUGGAGCCUCCUCCCCAAGUGGAGCACCUGGGCUCCGACACUGGGUCCCCUUCUGUAUGGAGCCUGGGUAGUAUAACGGGAGGUGAAAGCACCUUAGAAGGACUGGAGAACGCUCCGGAUGGCUCUUUUAGGAGGAACCAGAGGACUGGAGUGAGGUUCACAAACUGGCACAAACAUCGCGUAACAGCGGUGUGUACUGAAAGGUUUAACAAGCUGCUCAGGGAAUGCCCAGAGUACCACAGCACGAAGAGCUGCUUCGCUGCUUUUGUACUGGAGAGAGAGGUGUGUGACACAGGUGGGCAGCGCUGUGAGCAGUAUGAAGUGGUAGCUCUGGGAACAGGUCAGAGCUGCUGUAGUGGUUGGCUUUCUUACACAGGCUCUCUUGUCCAUGACUGCCACGCCAUUGUCAUCGCACGCAGAGCCCUCAAAAGGUACUUGUACAAGCAGCUUCUGCUGUUCUACAGUUCUGAUCUAAAGCAGAGGCAGUGCUCCAUACUGGAAAGUCUUCCAUCUGAACAACUGCUUCAGCUCAAACCACGCAUUUACCUUCACCUGUACACUAACAAAACACCCAAAGGAGCAGCUCAGUGCAUACUUUUGAAGUCUCAAGGCAGUGCUUACUCUACUCUGAAACUGCAGUGCCAUUCUAAAGGCUCUCUCAUUUGCGCUGCCUUCCUGCUUCCCAGCGUUUUGGGUGCACGCAUCUGUUGCAUGUCCGAAAGUGCCAAACUCACCCGUUGGACUGUUACUGGAGUGCAGGGGGCGCUACUUAGUCAUUGUAUUAGCCCAGUCUACAUUACCAGUAUUGUACUCGGUGAUUCCAAGCACUGCUCAGAGAAAGUGUCUGAAAUCAUCAACAAGCGCCUGGGCACUGACUGGAAAGAUGCUCUGCCUCCUCCAUUCAAACAAACUGCCAUCUUCUUCCUGAGUGGAGAGAGGGUUGGGCCUCUCGAGAGUACAGACUACUGCAAAGACCUCAGUGUCAACUGGUGUUUGGGAGACUCCAGUAUUGAGAUUCUGGAUAGCACCACCGGUUAUGCAAUCAACAAUUCUCCAUUUGUAAGCGGUCCUGGAUGCUCUAGCAGACUUUGUAAAAGAGCUCUGUACUGCUGCUUCAGAAAGGUCUCAGCACUGGCAGGCCAUCAGGACCUUUUGACAUUCACCACAUACCGCAGUGCUAAAAUGGCUGCCCACAUGUAUCAGGAGACCAAGACUUUGGUUAAUCUGCAGUUCUUAGCCAACAACGCUGGACCUUGGAACUCCAAAGAUUUGGUAGAUUGCUUCAGUCACUAAAUGACAGGUUGAACAACCCUUGAGAUUCACUAAGGUUCCCAGCCAUUUCAACUAAAGCCUAAGACUUUUGAUGUUUGAUGUUGCUACCUCUCCACUUGACUGUUCACAUUUACUUAAAGAUAGUAAAAGAAAAGUAAAUUUCUGUUCUUAUUUCACGCAAAGUUCUUAGUUUUUAUCAGAUAGAUAUCUAAGGUAGCAUUAGGCAUAUAAGUUAACACAUUUUUACUGAAAAUAUUUCUGUUUCAAAAAUUGCAUUGAACAUAAGUGUAUGAGUACUACCAAGUAGUUUGACUUUAAAGUUAUUUUAUCAUUGUGUUCUUGUUUUGUGAUUUGGUGUUUCAAACUUUGUUGGCUUGACAUACCUACAGUAUGUCUAUAUGUUAAAGUAGUUUUAAAGAGUUGAGUUCCCUCCCAUUAUUCAUGUUUACUCCCAUUCAUAAUUUGUGAUAAGAUAACCACAAUAAAAAGUGACAUUGUGAAGAUGGAACAUCAGAUUAUAUUGUUGUUUUGGGCAGUAUGUUUGUCUGUGUUGUUUAUUGGGAAUAUGAUCACUGAUCAUCAGGAAAUUGAUCAUCAAUUUCAGGAUUACAGUAGGUUUAUUUUAAAGGGGUCAUGACAUGAAGAAAUACAUUUCCCAUGAUAUUUUCACAUGAACGAGUUCAUUGUACAAUAAAAUUUCAGAAUUCAGAACUCAAAACUUCCUUGUCACUGCAAAAAGAGCAUUUGUUGAAGCCAAGCUGCCAAAACGACUCGUUCUCUACUUCCUCCUCAUUGUGAUGUCACACUGUGGAAGAUAUGUGCAUCUCACCGACACCACAACAACACAUCAAUGACUGCUGUAACUUUUUAUUUCCGUAGCCCCGCCCAAUAGCGGUUAACAGUAAGAUGACGAGGAGAGAGCAGGUCAGUCAAUAGCAGAGAGCCAAUCAUAACAGUGGGCGUUUACUGUCAAGUCUUAAAGGAGCAGCAUUUCUCAUCAUUUACCCUCAUGCCGUAUCAAACUCAUAUGACCUUUUCUUCUGUGGAACACAAAUGAAAACAUUUUGAAGGAGAUAUGAUGUUUAUAUCCAUACAAUGGUCGUCAAAGGGGUCCAAAACUUUCAAGCUCCAAAAGGACACAAAGGCAGUAUAAAUUAAACGGGGCUCAAGGAUAUGUAUGUUUUUCUGCUUGCCCAGUAGCUCAAAUUUGUAAAGUACUUGCCUUUCAACAUUCACUGGCCCCUCCACAAAAAUGCUACAUUUUAUUUUUAGCAAUGUAUUUUGAAAAUAUAUUUGCCAGAAAUUAUACUUAAAUGUUUUAUUUACAAAACAAAAGUUUUUCAUUUGCAGUAUAAUAGCUAUAAUGUUACUCCAUGGCAGCUAUAAAUUCAUUAACACACUGUUGCUGGAGAACAACAGCAUAUAAUGAAAAUUUACUAAUUGGUUUGUAACUUUUAACGCAUUCUUACUGAUGCUUCCAAGCCAUUCUUGCAAUUUCAACAAAACCUCAUUGAUGUUAAUUUGGUGACAAGUUUAAAUCAGCAAAAUGUGAUAUUCAAUACAUCAACUACAUUUAUUACUUUACAGAAAUCCACAUUUUUAAGUUUGCAAGGCAUAAAAACUAGUUUUUAUAAUCUGUUUUAUCAUCCUCCAAAAUUAUGUUUUCCAUUUAAUUUUUUCUGAAAUCCAUGUUUCAGUUUAAUUAAAUUUUUAUCAUCAAAAAGGUGACUAACCAAAUCAAUUCAUAAAGCAUUCAUCUAUUAAAAAAAUAGUACAAUUAAUUUCCAGUAUAAUUUUGCAUUAUUUUAAAUCAAAUGAAUUGCUUCCAUCACAUCCUCACAGCUUAACUAAAACACAUCAUUGGAGGGUUUUUCAGCUAGCAUGUUGCACAACAGAUCAUCAUAAUAUAAAUUCAAACAUUGAUGAAUACAGGACAUUCAGUACAGCAGCACUCUUGCUUGUGAGAUUUUGCUUGAAUAUAAUUAUUAUAUAAUCAUAUUAUUAAUAUUAAAUUGAACAGUGCAUUUUACUAUACAUUAGUAAAAUAUUUAUUUAGUAAUUUUUUCACUUCUCACGCAUGCCAUUUAAACCAGGAUUUUAUAAUGGCGGUGAAGACCUUUCGUUUUGUGUUUAUUUGACAGUAGUUUCUUACUUUCUGAUAGGCAGUUAACUACUUGUUCGUGUGAUUAUUAAACCCCAAAAGGCUGUGGUUUAAUUAUAUAAAUACAUAAUCUGCAGGUGCUGUGCGUUUCACAGUGAAUGAGCGUUCUGUUCUCUGUAAUCUACUACAACACGCAAAGCAUGCAUGAUGCUCAUAAAGUGAUGCUCAUAAUGUGGUGUUUUCAGUGUAUGAACGGCUUAACACAUUCACUUUGAAGCACACAGCACAUGCAGACUGGAUAUUUAUUUAAUGAAAUCACAGACUUUUGUGGUUAAAUUAUCACUGUAGGACAGAUUUACAAUAUCAAUGAAUAUAAGAUUUAGUGAUAGCUAAAUCUUGGCCUGAUAGUGCAAGUGACAGUUCUAUCAACUGGCCAAAACACUCUCACACUGGCCACAGGCCUGCGGCCAUCCUUUUUGUUGAGCUCUGAUAAAAGAAGUACAUACGACUCUAGUGGUUUAAGCCAUGUCUUCUGAAGCAAUACAAGCGCUUCAGGUGAGAAACAGACCAACAGACUGCAGAGAAACAGAUCAAUAGACUGCAGGGGCCGAUUCACGAAACGUUCUUAAGAAGAAAAUUGUUCUUUACUACCAUUUUAUUCUUAAUUUCUAACUUAAGAAAAAAGUUACAAAUAUUUUGUAUAUCCCAAAAAAACUUAAGAAAGUUCUUAUCUUUUUUCUUAAGAUUGUUCUUAGAAAAAACUUAAGAAACAUUAAGAUUCUCCAAAAAAAUAUUUCUUAAAAAUCGUCAUAAAUAACAUCUUAAAGUUAGGAUAACUUCACAGUUGUCUUAAAUUUUAAAAGGUAAGAUGUUUAAUGAAUUGAACUGGGGUUUUCAUGUUGAGUCUGAAGUCGCAAUGGGCUGUUUACGUAGAAAUGUGAUUUUAGACCAAGAAAAAGUUUCGACUGUUUUGUGAUUAAUGAUAUUUGUAUUUUCAGCUUGUAAAGCAUGUAAAUGUUAUCACCAAAUUCAAACAAUAAAUGUUGUUUUGAAGCUUCUCAAUGCGGUGACCAAUCAUGCUUAUUCAAACGGAUGCGCUGCAUAUAGUGCGCUCUCUCCGCAAUCUUUAGAGUUCAUAGAAACAUAAUAAUUAUAACACUGAAAGCUGAGACUUUCUUUUUCACCUCCCAUCCACAUCCCAUUGACUUGUAUUAUAUGGACUAAAACACAACAUACUGUAUAUCUAUCCUAUAUUUGUUUUCAGCAAAAGAAAGAAAGUUACAGUUUUGAGACAACAUGAGUAAAUACUGAGAGACUUUUCACUUUUGGGAACUGUUUCUUUAAAAACAAAACUGUCAUUUCUUUGGUAACAUUCAUUUUCAUUUUAUGGUUGACAAAAUUGGAAAUCUUCCUUUUGUUCAUAUAAACAUGGGCACUCUGGAGCCCUCACUUCGGUUAAUAUGACAAAAAUGGGGCCAAAAAUCAAACUUGAUUGAGGGCAGUGGGCCAAAAGUAAACAUUGCAUAUAUCAAACUGUAUUAUUUUAAAAUGAAAUAUUAAUACUGCAAAACACACAGAACUCAUCAAGUGUCCUAUACUUGCACAAUGCACAUAAUUGAUUUCAAAAUCAUUUUUAUGUAUGUUGUGUCUCAUUUGUGAGUCACUUUGAAUAAAAUGUCUACUAAAAAUGUGUCUCUUAAAACAUGGUUACGGUCUCUUUAAGAACAGCACUUCUCACACUGAACAUACAGUAGUUCUGUGCAGUUUUGGAGAGAUGAAGAUAUAAUGGCAUGACGUAAUACUAUAAAGUAGGAUAUUGUUUUGUUAUGUGACAAAAAAUAUUUCUUAUCAUAGACCAAGGCUACACAUUGUCCUGGAUUUCACUCAGUACUACCAUUUAUUGGGACUGCCAAAUGUAAUAGGAUUAUUUAAUUAAACGAUGCUGUAAAAUGUUUUUGUAUAGUUAAUGCAUUUAGCCUGCUUACUUUUAUUGGACAUUAAAACUGUUUUACUGUUGUGAUAUCAAAAACUUGAAUUGUACUUUUGCUUCUUUUCUUAAGAGGUGAUGGAUUAAGGCAGAAUGCAUUACAUUAUGAAAGGAAAUAAAAGCUACGAAACACAUUUCUGCAAAUUAAAAAAUUGAGAGGCCUAUUAAUUUAAUUGACUCCAAAAUAUGAUUAUGAUAAAGAACCUGCUGAAAUAAGGCAUUGUAUCUUAUAGUUAUUAAAAAACUUGCAGCUAUCUGUUUUCAGGUAGAUAGUUGCAAGUAAACGAGAUAUCCUCACGUUUGACAAAUGAAUUACAGUAUGAUGCACACAUGUUAUACACACCCCAAAACAGGUUUUAGUCAGAAUAAGAUGAAACCGAAAUUUUUUUUUUGAGAGUCGUGGUCUGUUCACUUAUAGUGCUUGUCGUAAUGUUGUGCGGUGUUUGGAGUGAAUGGAACCGUUGUUGAUAUUGAAAUACUCCCUCACCUGACUUUAUGACCCAUCUGGCACCAGGUCCAAAUCACUGAGAUCAUAUUCUUUUCCCCCAUUCUGAUGGUUGAUGUGAACAUUAACUGAAGCUCCUGACCCGUAUCUGCAUGAUUUUAUGCACUGCACUGCAGCCACACGAUUGGCUGAUUAGAUAAUCGCAUAGAUGAUUGUUAGUGCCAGAUGGGCUGGUUUGAGUAUUUCUGUAACUGCUGAUCUCCUGGGAUUUUCACACACAACAGUCUCUAGAAUUUACUCUGAAUGGUGCCAAAAACAAAAAACAUCCAGUGAGCAGCAGUUCUGUGGAUGGAAAUGCCUUGUUGAUGAGAGGGGUCAACAGAGAAUGGCCAGACUGGUUCGAACUGACAAAGU